CAUCUAUUAACCCUUCAUGUUCACAGAGGCCCCAGCAGGAAUCAUCUGGUCUGGAUCAGCAUAAAAAUGGAUGGAUCUGCUUCUGAAAUGCGCCCCCCUGUGGGGUGUAACAGAAAGAGCCCUGAGAGUGUCCUGAUGGAGAGAGCAGACUCCCCUGUACCCAGCUGUGUUUCCCUGAAGAGUGACGCAUCAAUGGAGCAACCAAUCUACUUCAGAGAGGGAGCUUUUCCUGCAGAUCAAAGAGACCAAAUGGAAGAAUGCAGUUCAGAUCUACAUGAUAAAUCGGGUUUAUCAUCCAUAUUGAAGUCGCUAGAGGAAAAAGCCAUGAAGUUCCUAAAGGAUGAGCUGAAGACGUUUGUGAGGUACCUAGAUCAGAAUUACCCAGAAUGCUCUGAGCCUGAGCUGGAGGAGGACAAUGACCUGGACUGUGAUGGUCAGAUGCAGAAGAACAGUGUUAGAGAGGUAGCUCUGAAGAUCACACUGUACAUCCUGAGGACCAUGAAGCAAAAUGAUCUUGCUGACCUGCUGGACAAGAGACAGCUCAUGCUACAGGAAUUCAAAGGUAAACUUAAGAAGCAAUUUGAGUGUGUAUUUGAAGGGAAAGCUAAGGAAGGACAGCCAACACUUCUCAGUGAGAUUUACACAGAACUCUACAUAACUGAAGGUGGGACUGGAGCAGUCAAUGAUGAACAUGAAGUGAGACAGAUUGAAACAGCAUCCAAGAAAAGGCGAACAGAAGAUACUACAGUCAAGUGCAAUGAUAUAAUUAAAGCCUUAUGUGGGCGUGUGACACCUAUCAGAACUGUACUCACUAAAGGAGUGGCAGGUAUCGGGAAAACAGUCUCUGUGCAGAAAUUUAUUCUCAACUGGGCAGAAGGAAAAGCAAACCAGGAUGUUCACUUCAUAUUUGCUCUUCCUUUCCGGGACCUGAAUUUGAUUAAGGGUGAAUACAGUCUGAUUGAACUGCUUCACCACUUUGUCCCAGAACUGAAAUCAUUUCAAUCCACUGAGCUGUUUAGGUACAAAGUCUUGUUCAUCUUUGAUGGUCUCGAUGAGUGUCGCCUUCCUCUUGAUUUUCAGAACAAUGAGAGCUGGUUUGAUGUAACAAAGAAAACGUCACUGGAUGUGCUGUUGACUAACCUCAUUAAGGGGAAUUUGCUUCCAUCCGCUUUCCUCUGGAUAACCUCCCGGCCAGCAGCAGCCAAUCAGAUACCUGCUAAGUGUGUCCACCAGGUGACAGAGAUACGAGGGUUCAGUGAUGUCCAGAAGGAGGAGUAUUUCAAGAAGAGAUUUAGUGAUCAGAGCCUGGCCAGCAGGAAUAUCACACAUGUGAAAUCAUCAAGGAGCCUCUUCAUCAUGUGCCACAUACCUGUGUUCUGCUGGAUUUCAGCCACUGUGCUUAAGAGGCUUUUUAGUGAGAUUGACAGGGGAGAAAUUCCAAGGACUCUGACUGAAAUGUACACACACUUCCUGAUCUUUCAGACAAGUUUAAAAAAUGACAAGUAUAUGAAAAACCAUAAAACUAAGCUUAAGGAAUGCAGCAAGCAAUUCCUUUUAAAACUUGGUAAACUGGCUUUGACAACCUUGAGAAAGGUCAUCUCAUAUUUUAUGAGCAAGAUCUGACAGAGAAUGGCAUUGAUGUCAAUGACGCUUCA